AUGGGCAUUUGUGGCUAUUUUGUGGUGCCUUGGAAAUGUCUCGUUAUUCUCAGUCUGAGACUGCUGUUUCUUGUACCUGCAGGAGUACCCGCGCGAAGUGGAGAUUCUUUAUCAAAGGACAACAUCACCGUUAGACAAGGAGGCAGUGCCGUCUUAAGAUGUCGUGUGGACAGCAAGGUGUCGCGAGUAGCGUGGCUAAACCGCACCACCAUCUUGUUUGCCGGGGAGGAGAAAUGGACGCUGGACCAACGCGUCAUCCUGCUAGACACAGUCCACACCGAGUACAGCAUCAAAAUAGAGAAUGUGGACCUGCAGGAUGAAGGACCAUAUGUUUGCUCCAUCCUAUCAGACAAACUGCCAAAAUCAACAAAAGUACAUCUAAUUGUCCAAGUUCCAGCAAGAAUUACAAACAUCUCCACGGACAUCACGGUAAACGAGGGCAGCAACAUUUCCUUGAUGUGUCUUGCGGCAGGACGACCGGACCCCAGCAUAAUAUGGAAACACCGCCCAGCUACUGGUGGCCCGGCCAGCCGUUUUAUCACUGAGGGGGAGUAUGUGGAGAUCACGGCCAUCACCAAAGAGCAGGCUGGCGUUUACGAGUGCAUAUCCACGAACUAUGUCUCCGCGCCCGAUGUCAGGAUCUUACGAGUUACCGUAAACUAUCCUCCAGUCAUCUCCAGAGCAAGGAACACCCUGAGUGCAGUGGGCCAGAAGGGGAUGCUACAGUGUGAGGCCUCAGCCGUCCCUUUCGCCGACUUCGAAUGGUACAAGGAGGACAAGAAGGUUCUGAAUGGAGUUAAUGGGCUGAGGAUUGAGAGCAAGGGGAAGCAGUCGAUGCUGACCUUCUUCAACGUGACCGAGGAGGACUACGGGAACUACACCUGCAUUGCCGUGAAUGCCUUGGGAGUCACAAACGCAAGCCUCAUCUUAUAUGGUCCUGGGAUGCAUGAUCUUGACAUCAACAGUGCGAUCUCCCACCUGCCAACACACCUCUCUCUCUUCGCAACCCUUCUCCUCCUCACAUUGUAUUUCCUCACAGUUUGAUGUGAAAGCUGAGAUUUCCCUCCC